AUGGGCGUGAGACCUCUGUCGGGCGUGCCGCCGCUCCGGCGCAAGGACAUUGCGACCAAGGAUGAAUUCUAUAGCCUUAUGCAGACCAAGCUAUAUGCCAUCGUGGAAGCCUUCUUGGCCGAGGAUGACAAGGACUUCCGAGCAUUCAAGAGUCUGUGGAUGGAUCACCGCUUUUCGUGUAUCUACCACAUCGACUUUGGCAACAUCACGCGUCCUGAGAUCGUAUAUCUCAUGCUGCGCGCCUGUCUAGGGUCCCUCUUGCAAGCCCUUUCGUUGCACGAAUGGUCAAUCAACCAACGGCGUUGCAACGCACAAGGAGGAGCGUUCGUGUGGCACGUCGUGGCGUGCACCUACGCUUUGUACUGCACUUACGAAUGCCAGAUCACCACGAUCAAGCAAAAGAUCUUGCUCGACCUUGAUGCGGCGGUUCAAUUGGCCAAAAUCCCGACUACAUGGACACAUGCAUGGCGCCAGCGGCAUCCGACUCCCAUCCGUGAAAUGCUGCGCAUGUUGCAACAGCUGGAAACGUCUGGCGCGUUUUGCAAGUGUGUGCGCGGGUACUCGUUUCCCCGGCCCAUGGAACUGCCCAGUACUAGUCCACCUCCAGCUCUAGUAGACCAUCAACCAACCCCCCCACCUUACGAUACCCCAACCAUUGGUGACAACGAACAUGCUGACUCUAUCGACCAUGCACUGACAGUGUCUCAGGCAGUGGACGUGACCGACAUUGAGAGGCUGCAUUCAGAGUAUAUGGACGCCAUGACAUCAUUCCGGCUGCCGUCACAGGACGAAACAAAGGCGACCAAUGGCCACCGCCGCCAACGCCGCCGGGCGCCAGUCGUGGUGUACAACAUGCCCCCCAUGUCGAAACAGACGCAGCUCACAGAGUUUGUCCAAUCUAUUCACAAGGUGUUGCAAAACCCGUCGGUUGAACCAUCUAUCGCCCCAGACGAAGAAGAGCCGUCGUUAUUAUAUAUGACACAACCACCAACCACACAGUCUACAGCCGUUCCAGACGAUGCCGCGUUGGCAGCUAUCUUGCAGGCCGAUUUGGAAUCGGAAUUGCUUCAAGAUGACAUUGACGGCGUGAUGACGACAGGUCGAACGGCUAGCACCACCACCACCCAAGUCGAAGACUCGUCUGUCCAGCAGUUAAGAGUCGACAACGAUGGAAUACUCGCACGAACUGGUGACGUCACCACCCAGAACGACGAAAGAGUAAGCAGCGGUGACGAAAGAGUAAGCAGCGGUGACGACAUGGAUGACGACGGGUGGGCAGACGAGUUUGAGAGCGAACUAGUGAUGGCGCCACGACCUACAACCCCCCCUCUGGACUCGGCCAAUCCCCGCCCCCCUCUAGUGACGUCGGACGUCGAGUUAUCGCUGUCGUCUUCCAGCGACGACGACGCUGCCUUCGAAGCAGAAAUCGAACACAAUGUCCGACAUAAUCAACCGCCAAACAGUGGAAACGUUCCUCCGUCGAGUGUUUGGAGGAAACAUCCGCCCCAUGCCUCGGCAACGCCAGUGACCCCAUCUGCUGCCUCCGUCAUCACCACGUUGGACUUGUCUUCGUUGUCUGAUGAGUCCAGUGACGACAGCGCCGCCCUUGACGCGUUAGAGGACGACCUGAUGGCCCCCGCCUCGCCAAAGCAACCACCAACCAUCGAUCCUCCUGCCACUGUCACGAUCACUGAUGUCCACGCAAAUCGGCAACGCCACCCCACCAAGGAAUCUCACAUGGCCCAGAAGUCAUCGUCACCCCCCGUUCCAACUGUCGUAAGAUCGUCGCGACUGCCUCCUGGGCAACCCACGGCGCGGUCGCUAGCUAGAGCUAGGGCCAGGGCCAUGAUGGCAAACCCCCCUUCUGCUUCUGCUGCUGCUCACUCCACCCCCCAACGACACCAGAACGUGUCGAAUGGAGGGGAGCUGUCACGUCCUCCUGCAUGUCUCUUGUCAGCCCCGCCAGAUGGCCCAUCUCGACCCAUCGUCAUCCAUGGGGUACCCACCACAAAUACGGCGCCGCCGCCAUCCCAACUUGCAGCAGCAUCGGUUUCGUCCCCCAUAGUUGCUGUUGUCCACGACGAAGCAACUGCCGAUCGACGGGUGGUUUCCAACACCAAUGACAUCAACGUGGACUUUGGGUCGGGGGUUUCUUCCAGUUCGGAAAGCAGCAGCAGCAGCAGUGACGAGGUGGACGCCAUGCUAGGACCGUCAGCGACACAUCCAACGGACCCAGCUAAAGGCGUGCCACCCACCGCCGCCCAACAACACAAUUCCCCCGUCGACGCAUCACCGUCAGUUCCUUCAGCUGCCACAUCCACCACCGCUACAACCUCUCCAGGUACACCCGCGGGUCGGAGGUCGGUAGCAAGUUCUCGGGACAUGAGAAAGCCCCCCGCUGUCGUCCCGCCGCCGCCAACACCGCCGCGUCUUCACCACGUCACAACUACGCAAAUCAAACCCACUAUCACAAAAAAUUGCAUCGAAGCGACCCCCGUGCUGUUACAGCAGUCUGAGAUCCAGCCAAACCCUUUAAUAGCACCAUCGGCGGCGACCGAUCCAGUCAUUGAACACUCAGCACAGUCUUUAGCAGCACCACCACCGGUUGACGUCUCUGAUACCCCAGCAGGGCAUCCCGACGUGGUGGCACCUGACGAACUUCGUCCGGCUACGUCAGAACGCCCCCGACGACCAAAUGAUUCCGCAACGACGGAAGACAAGGUGACCCCCAGAGCCCCUGUAUUGUUGGCGUCAUGUGAUGUACAACUCGACCGACGUUUGAAUCCGUUGACGCCAGCAGCACAACGCUCCUCGACGGUAGCUGGUAAUUCACCAGGUGCGUCUGCCACCAACAGCAGCGCCGUGUCGCCUCCCAACGCGCGACGAGCUGUCGAUUUACAUGGCCAACCGACUCGUGGCGAAUCGUCGUCGGAUGGACUGGACGAGUUGGAGUUGGAACUGGGAGUGUCCUCUGCACCAAAAAGCAAGGCUGGGCUUCGGAACCCGCGGAAGAAACCACAGACGACUCUCAUAACAACAAAGUCAAGGCCAGACCUAUCAUUUGUGCGACUCGAGUCUACGGAUGAUGACGAAUUGGCAGGCUUGGAGGCCGAGCUAGGUAUACAACGACCAGCCGACGACAUGAACGAAGCGUCCAAAGGGGGGCCUCAACCGGUGAUUCCAACACGUGGGAGAAUACACGCAGCCAAACAGCUCGGCAACAAGCACAAGAAGAAGCGAGAGAUGGACCCACCCGACCGGUGGUCGUCCGACAGCGACUUGGCCGCGUUGAACUCGGAGCUUGGGAUUGUAGCUGCCCACAAGGCGCACAAGACUGCCGCCAUGCCUCCCAGUAACCCCCCUAAACGAACUCGACCACUCAACCCUCGGACCAAGCGAAAGAAACCUGCGUCUCUCGACAACUCCAUCGACGUGAACUCUGGGGGGACGUCCAACGACGAGGCGUUGGCAGAGUUGGAACGGGAGCUAGACAUUGUCAGGCCAAAGCUCCACACUAUGACUCCACGAAACAGCACUCGUGUGGCAGCGUUGAAUCCAAAUAAAAAGAUCAAGGCGACAUCAAGCCUUGGUCGACCCAAGAAGAAGAAGGCUCUAUCGGCCAGACCCACGAAACUGGAUCCUACCACGAUGGACGAGUCGGACGACAGCGGACUUGCGGCACUGGACGCCGAACUGAACCAAUAAUUUAUUCCAUCAUAUAUGUAUCCAACGU